AUGUCUGAGCAAGCAGAGCUCACGUUUGUCAAGUCGUUUGCGAAUAAUUUGUCCUCGCACCCGGUCACGUAUGCGGACGACUUCCAACAACCGCCAGACAAAUCGCUGAAGAAGAUACCCGUGCUCCCGGUUGAUGUCCCUCCUCCACCUGAGCGCAAGCCUCAGGAUCCAGUCCCCGCAGGCUCCAUCAACGUCACCUUCAAGUCCGUCAAGCCGGCUCAAUCAUACACAUUGUCCGUACAACCCACCGACACCAUCUCUGCGAUCAAAGCACAACUCGCUUUGCUGCCCGGAGCGCCGUUCGCCGACGCGCAGCGGCUCCUCCUCAAGGGGAAGGCGCUUGCUGACGGCAAGCUCUUGCAAGAAUAUAGCGUGAAGGAGGGUGAUACUAUCAACUUGAUGGUCAAGCCCGGUUUCGACUGGGAUCCCGCGAAAACCACCCCAGCAAUCGCGGAGCCCACGUUGCAGAAGCCUGCAGGGGGCGGGCAGAUCACCCUGCUCCCGGAACCGACACAGAGCAGGACGCGUUCGGGGCAUAGCCGCAUACCGUCGGUUGUGCUCUCGCCCUCACCCUCGCUCUCGCCGUCGCCCGGCGAGAAGAUCGUGGAUAUACCCCUCGUGCUGGACACCUCCAGCAUACCGGCGGCGCCUGCUGCGGGCGUUCCGCAGACGUCAUACCAUGCAACGUUGGCCAACCCCGCAUUCUGGGAGCAAUUAUACACGUUUUUGACCUCUCAAUUCUCCAACUAUGGCGAUGCGGCGCAGGCCUGGGAGGACUUCUUCUGCGCGAGUAAGGGUGCACUGAGUGUCUCGGAGAUCGCGAAGAUACGCGAUCAUGUUGGCGUCAUUGGUAUGGCAGGAACUUGA